CCCACCACAAUCACUCAAUGUUGAGGGAUUUACAAUCUCUACUUUUUGUUGAGAUUCUUCACAAUCACUCAAUACUAACUUUUUUAUCUUUGGAACAAAAACACAAUCUAAACCUCCAAACAAAAUAUUUACCUAAUACAUCAAUUGAUUCAAUCCAUCAAAUGAUAAUACACUAACUGUUCCAAUACAUCAAUUUGAAGAAUCACAACUUCCAAACAACCCAUAAGAAUGAUUGAUUUGGCCAAAUAUGUCUAUUCGACGUAUUCGUUCGACUUGGUUUACCACACGACACAACAUGGAGAUGGAGUGUUGUGAGUUCCUUACACUAUGUUUCCGAAGGUAGGAAAUGUUUCCGAAGGAAUGGAGGAAAAAGAGGGGAGGUGAAGGAAAAUUAGGAGGGGAGGGAAGAUUUGGAGGUGAAGGAAAUUAGAAGGAAAAUAUUGGCAUGUGCAGAACUCACUGUUGGAAAACUAAGAAUGAUUGAUUUGGCCAAAUAUGUCUAUUCGUUUGACUUGGUUUACCACACGACACAACAUGGAGAUGGAGUGCUGUGAGUGCCUUACACUAUGUUUCCGAAGGAAGGGAUGAAAAGGAGGGGAGGUGAAGGAAAUUAGAAGGAAAAUAUUAGCAUGUGCAGAACUCACUGUUGGAAAGCUAAGAAUGAUUGAUUUGGCCAAAUAUGUCUAUUUGUUCGACUUGGUUUACCACACGACACAACAUGGAGAUGGAGUGCUGUGAGUUCCUUACACUAUGCUUUCGAAGGAAGGGAGGAAAAGGAGGGGAGGUGAAGGAAAAUUAGGAGGGAAGGGAAGAUUUGGAGGUGAAGGAAAUUAGAAAGAAAAUGUUGUUUUAUGGAGGAAAGUAGGAAGGAAAGUGUGUUUUGGGAAGUGUGAUGAAUGUGUUAUUAUUAGUUAUGUAAUUGUAAAUAGAGACUUUGUUUAUUUAAAAGCUGUGAUUUAACCACAUCAAUCAUUUAAAAAUAGAGAUUUUAUAAUAAUUGAUCAAGGAUUCUAACUCAAUUAAAAAUCAUUCAACUUAUUAAAAUUUUGUUUGCUAUUUUUUUGAUUUAUCAACAUAGCAACUAAGAACAUAAACAAAUAUGACAUCCACUUUGAAAUCGACAAAUUAAACUCGAAAUUUAGCUAUGAUUUAGUAAUUCUUCAUUGAAAUAAUUAUUUUUGUUUGGCUACUUCUUUGUUACUAAUUAAUUUUGUUAGGAAGCAUAAUGAAGGCUAAAAGUCACCAGGACUAAUUUGAUUACUUUCAUGCUAGUAAUUAAAAAGACUCACUUAAUCUUAUUUUGGAGAUUAAGUACGGAAUUAUUAAAAAAAGGAGAUUAAGUACAAAACAAGUAAGGAUUGUGAGAGAGUGGGUGAAGUUAAUAAUCUUGUAUAAUAAUGAAGUUAGCAAUUGAAUUAAUAAUUAAUGUUAUUUUGUGUUGGAAACUUAAUUAUUAGGAAAAUAUUUAAAAAUGAAGAAAGAAAAAAAGAACAUGCAUGUGUGUCCUUUAUUCCCUCUUCUUUCUCUUCAAUUUGAAGGAGUGGGUUGGAUAUAGGGGCGGGCAUCCGGUUUGGUAAACCCGAACCGAAUCGACCUGAAAUUGAUUACAACCGAACCGAAAUCGAACUAAAGUUAUUCGGUUCGGAAUUCGGAAAGGAAAUGUGGUUAGUUCGGAAAACAGACUCUUAUCAACCGAACCGACAUUCCGAUUACCGAACCGAACAACCAAAAAUUACCCAGCCAUGUAUUUAACCUCACUACUCAGCCCACCUGACCAUGGGCCUUGCCCAAAUCUCCCCCCCCCCCCCCCCCCCCAGGCCACCGCCUCCCUCUCACACUCUCUUCUCAGCUCUUCCUAACCCUAAGAAAUUAAAGAAAGAGGCAAGAGUCUCCAUUGCAUGCCGUCCCGCCGCUCGGCGGUCGCCUCCGCUCUCAUCUCACCACGAUCGGAGCAGAGCACACGCCGAAAUCUCUCUCGACGUUGCGGUCCCUAGCUUUAGAGCUCGAAUCCGCAGCUUAAUCGAAUCGUUAAGGAUGGCGGUGAUGCUGUACUCCUGGUGCUGGAGGUCGAAGAACAAGACCAGUGAUUUUGAGUCGGAACCCAGAUUAGAUCUGCCCAACUUCGUGCUUCAUCUAAAACCCCCACCUUUUGGAUCUCUAUUCUCUAUCUCUCCAGCUCUCUCUUUCCUGCCCUAGGUCCCUGCUUCUUCUCCUUCAGGCUACUGCUGCUUCUCUCCUUUUCUUUUUAUGUUGAUGGUCUUUCAAGAAAAGAUGAAGGAAGAAGCUAGAGAUAGAAAGGAGGUUUUGUUUAUGGGCGAGGAGAAGCAGAUUGAGAAGAAAGAGAGACAAGGGAUGAGAGAAUAGUUUCUUGUUUUUGUUGGAUUUGCAUAGAGGAGGAAUUGAGUGGCUUGAAAUGAAAGAGGGCCCCCUCUUUCCAUCUCUGAAAAUGUGCCUCUGCAUGUGUUCGGUUUGUAUCUGAAAACCGAACCUAACCAGAAUAUAAUUCAGUUCGGCCAAAUCGAACCGAAUUAUAUUUUGGUUCGAAUUCGGUUUGUAGUUUAGAGUGAAUCAGGAACUCGGUAUGUUGCAUUUCGGUUCGGUUUCGACCGAACCGAACCGAUGCCCACCCCUAGUUGGAUAUAGGGAUGGCAAUGAGGCGGGUUUGGGGCGGGUUUGUCUAAACCAUCCCCAUCCCCAUCUUCAAAUACCCAAACCCAUACCCGCCCCAUACCCAUGUGGGGGAAUGUUUUGCAAACCCAUCCCCAUACUCGUGGGUUUCGGGUACCCAUGGAUAAUACCCGUACCCAUACAUCCAACCUUAUUAUACCCAAAAUUUACAAGAAAAGUUUUAAUUAUUACUCUAAACGAACCUAUUAUUUCAUGAAGUCAACAAAACACGAUCAUUUUCUUAAUACGGUUCAAAGUAUAUGAUCCUAAAACAUCCAUUAAUACAUAAUACAGAGUAUAAUAUUUUUCAAAUUAUUAUCUUCUAACUCGUAUACAUCUACUAAGUAAUAAUUAACUAACAUAAUCUUGUAGACAAGGGGAUAAGUGAAAGAGUGAAAGGAGAAUUGAGGGAAAUGAAUUAGAUUCUGAUUAAAAUGGUCACUCAAUUGCAUUUGUACUAUUUAUUUCCUUGAGUUAUCCUUAUCACCAUUGAUAGAUUACAAUUUAAUCCACAUAUUUUUUUAUAUGUAAAGAAAUUCUCUUGGUGAGGCGGGUAUGUGUAUGGGUAUGGGGCGGGGGAGGUCAAAACCAUACCCGCCCCAUACCCAUCAAACUUUUUGCGGGUUUUACCCAUACCCGCCCCAUACCCGGUCAAAGCGGGGAUUCACCACGUUGACUGGGUCGGGGGCGAUCGGAUACCCGCGGCCAUGGGUUUUAUUUUCAUUCCUAGUUGGAUAGUACCAAAGGGGGGAUAAUUUUCCUUCCUUACUCACUUUCCCUCCAUAAAUGAACAAGGGAAAAUGCAUUGGGAAUCUCACUUUCCCUCCUUUUCUCUUCUUAAGAAACAUAUUGUUAGUGUUGUCUUUCCCAAUAUUAUUGAUAUCCAAAUUAUAUGAUCUUGCAUUCCUUGUAAUGGCAGAGCUAAGUGUAGGAUAGAAGAGGCAAACUAUCAACUAUGGUCCUAGGUUGCAAAAUUCUAACCUGCAAAAUCUAUGUCGUGGGAAAACUCUAGUAUGUGGAACUUAAGGCAUGGAAAAUUUUAAUCGCUCAACCAUUUCAUGGAGGACAGAAGCACCUGCGCUGCAUAUUAACACCGAUGCUGGUUGAAGUCUUAGCAGGGGAGUUCGUGUUGCAGCUCGCUCAUCAGCUUCGAAUUGUUCAUCCAAUCUUGAAAAUCGAUUAUAAGCUGCUUGAGGCAGAGACAACUUACACGGAGAUCAACAGCAGGGGAAAAAAUCUCACUGUGCACAUGUUCUUAAAAAUAUUUCCCAAAAUACAUAAGUUAUAAAAAAUUUCCCAAAGUACACAUGUUUGGCAUUCACAGUUUUUGACAAACGCAGUGAAGACUAUCACCGCGUUUGACAAAGACGGUGAAUAUUUCACCGUUAAAAAAAAUGGUGACGUAUUCACCGUUCUUCUCUAAAACGGUGAACAACGAGCGAGUCAAUCACCGUUUUAGAGGCAAACGGUGAAUAGAUCACCGUUUUAAAG